AUGAAGGUUGAUAUAUUCAAAUUUGAUAAUACACUAUUUAAAACUCCUCUUCCGAAUUACGAGUUAUUCAGUUCCGAUUCCAUCGACAUACUAACUGAUCAGUCUCCCCAAAAUUUCCUAAACUGGUUUCGAGAUUAUGCCAUAUUAUCGUCCGCCUAUGAAGAGAACGGACUUCCAAAGGACGCAUCAAGGAAUCAGCUGAUGUGGAACGAGCCCUUAGUGGAUAUUGCCAGAGACAGUAUUCAUGAUCCUAAUACCCUUACUGUUCUAUAUGCUUCAAGACCGGAUGUCCCUGCUUUUCAAAAAUGUAUCCACGACUUGACUAAACUGAGAGGCCUUUUGUUUGAUCUGGUACAUCUUUCUCUUCCACGGUACGGAAUUCCCGAUUUCAUUGACAACUUGACUGAUAUGCAGCCCGAUGUUGACGAGAUCAACUACUACGCUAAUGUGGAUCAAACUGAAGACAACGCUCUUGCCGAGUUCAUGUAUCAGUCUUAUGCAAACAUCGACUUCUACAGGAUUCCUGUGGCAUUCCAAAGGUCGUAUAUUAAUCCAACCUCCGAGUUCAAGCUCGUUUUGAGCAUGGUAUCCAGGUACAAUAGAAUCAGCGAGACAAAGGCCAUCGUGACCAGAUCUCGGAAUGGUACAGUUUUCAGGUUGCCUAUUCAAGAGAGAAAGAGGCUACUACAACUCUGUAUGAACGGGGAUUUUAUUUCCAAGAAGGAGUACUCCCACUUGAAGUUCGAUGCUACUGAUAUACCUGUCACUACACAUCAACUAUCUAGAGAAGAUGAAGACAAAAUUGGAAGAUUGGGAGAGAUAAUGGAAGUGGUACCUACUUCCAUGGGGUGCAUACCGGGAAGAAUAUACGUGGUUAAGGUACAAAUGAAAGAUAUAGGAUUGUCCUUCCUCUAUUCCAAGGAUCCUCUCAUAGUUAUAGCAUACGACAAGUCUCUCAAAUAUCAUCAGAUAGGUCCGUUCAUUCGGCAGAUAAGAAACUACAAACCAUUUCAAUCCAGUUCGACAUUUGAGGCGAUUGCACAAUUCAGCGAUAAGCUACGAAUUAAGUUGAGUCCAAAGACUCGAGACGCGAAAAUGAAAAACGUGCGAGCCGUUUUAGAAUAA